UGUUGGUGCGGCCGUGUUGCUAAGGUUAAGCAGGUGGAGGAUUUCUCCGACUGGUUCGGCAUGAAAUUUUUCAUGUGUGCGAGCUAUGAGCAUGAUCCACCCCGUAGUUCAGCUUCGUCGUCCACCAGGCCGCCGUCUCCCCCGCCCCUAUGCAAAUGGUUUCACUGGAUAGACACGGAGCAGCCGGAUUGGGCGCGCGAGGAGGUUGAGGAGAAACAGCGCCGUGCGUGGGCAACGUUCUUUGAGGAGGAGCGUUGGGAAAAGGUUCGUGCUAAUGAGAAAGCAGAGCGAGAGAGGCAGAUACAGAAACUAAGGGCGGAACAAGCUCGUAAUCGCGAGGUGAAUCAGAAGAGGAUGGAUGAUGAGGCUGCACGUAGGUUUGCAGAGGAAGAGGUGCGCAGGGAGGCUCGUGAAGCGGAGAGAAAGAGACUAAGGGAAAGAGCUGCUGAGGCGCAAGCGGCAGAAGAACGCGGCGACAAGUCUGGAAAAUGGCCACGGUGGACGCAGGGAAAGUAGAGUUAUGUGUCGUACUGGCAAUGUAUCUUAAAUUCAGUUUUAGUUUGUCGUUGUAUCUUAAAUUCCGUUGUAGUGCUAAGCCGUAUUUUAAUUUCAGCUGCAAUGUAUCUUAAUUUCAGUUGUAGUAUUAAUGUGAAAUGAAUUUGCCCCGAAAAUGUUGUGUCAGAAAUUU